AUGUCCGCCGACUUCUGGGCCGGCUACAUCUCCGGGGCAGUAGGCAUCAUCAUCGGCAAUCCAUUGGAUAUCCUCAAAGUCCGUCUGCAAGCAGCCGCCGGAUCAUCAUCCCCAUCUCAGGGAACCCUCCCCCAUCCAGCUUUAACUCCAACAACGUCAAUCCCGUCCCCAACUUCAACCCUCCUCCCCAAACGCGCAAAAUCAGCCUUCCUCCUCGGUACCGCGGCCCCGGUCCUCGGCUACGGCGCGCUCAAUGCUCUCCUCUUCGUAACCUACAACCGCGUCGAAGCCCUGCUCGCCAACGGCAACACCGCGACCAACCCCUACCCUUAUACCACGGCCUGGAUUGCCGGCGCCGCAGGCGGCUUAGCAACCUGGGUUGUUUCGACGCCCACUGAGCUAGUAAAGUGCCGGGCGCAGGUAUGGGGCAGCCCCUCGUCUACAGCCCCUCUAUCUACUGCAGCAAGGGCGAGAGGUGCAAACGGGGUCUCAUCAUGGGCCAUUACGAAGCAGAUCUUCCGAACUGAAGGGAUACGUGGGCUGUACUUUGGUGGCGGAGUGACUGCCAUCAGGGAUAGUGUAGGCUAUGGAUUCUACUUCUGGGGGUAUGAGCUUUGCACGAGGUGGUGGAUGCAAUUAGCGAAGUCUUCUUCCUCCAGCAGUCAAACAGGAAGUCAAGGCGGAGCUUCCGCGAGUGCUGGAAGCUCCUGGCUGAACUCAGAAGCAGCGCGUGUGCUUGUCUGUGGUGGGAUAGCAGGAAUUAUUACCUGGGCGAGUAUCUUCCCUUUAGAUGUGAUCAAGACAAAGGUGCAGACACAGGCAAUGAUCGAGGCAGAGGGUGAGAGGAGACCGUUACUGGAGAGGGGUACAAGCAGGCGGCGGAUGGGCGCCUGGGAAGUAGCCAAAGAGACUUACAAACAGGGUGGAAUCAGGCCCUUCUUCAGCGGUUUGACGGUAUGCAGUAUCAGAGCGUUCAUCGUCAAUGCCGUCCAAUGGGCGGUGUAUGAGUGGAUCAUGAUGGAGCUUGGUCAGGGAAAGAAGAGGCAAGAAGUUGUUGAAGUGGCUGCUGUUGUUGCAUAG